CCAACUAUUCCUUUCAUUGCUGCAACUCACCAUGUCUCACACACUCCUCCUCUCCGUAAUAUUCGCAGCUCUCACAUUUUCUCUCCUCCUCACCGGAGAAUCGCAAGACUUCACCAAGUCGAUACCCAGUGAAUCCCUCGGCCUCGGAGAGGAGAAGCUAAGCCACCUACACUUCUACUUACACGACAUUGUCAGUGGCCGUAACGCCACCGCCAUCCGCGUAGCCACCUCCGCCAUUAGCAACACUUCAGCGACACGUUUCAGCGACGUCCUCGUGAUCGAUGACCUGUUGACGGUGGGACCAGACCCCAGUUCCAAACAACUGGGGAGAGCUCAGGGAAUCUACACGAGCGCUUCGUUGAGUGAGGUGUCGUUGCUGAUGGCUUUCAAUUAUGUGUUUACGGUGGGGAAGUAUAAUGGGAGCACGCUAAGUAUACUUGGCCGGAAUCCGAUAUUUUCCGACGUGAGAGAGAUGCCGGUGGUCGGAGGGAGUGGAGUGUUCCGAUUUGCGCGGGGGUAUGCUCAGGCACGGACGCAUUUUAUAGACUGGAAUAGUGGGGAUGCUGUUGUGGAAUAUAACGUUUACGUUUUUCAUUAUUGACUUCUACUUGUUUAAUCCUUUUUUUUUUAAUGUGGAUUGUCCGUUCUUAAUUCAUUGCUUGAAGUUUACUUUCACUGUGAAGCGCCGAAGUGACGUUGUUUUGUUAAAUUUAUGUUUGAUUGGAAAGAAAUGAAACGAAAUGGAAACGAAAAUAUAUGAAUGAAAAUUUACGUAAGAAUUUUAUA